AUGUAUACGAAAGCAUUCCUAGCGCUUAUCGCAACGGCUUCAGCAGUGCCGUCACCCAGACAAACUACCUCGCAAUCUCUCAACGUCACAGAGUCGACUUGGGACGGCGAGUGCUUCUACCCAAAGCCCGUCGAUGAUUUCUCACUGGAUUUUUACCUCGGUCGAUGGUACCAAGUCGCCGGUUCGUCAUUUGGCGAGACUGCUGGCUGCACAUGCAUCUACGCAGAGUACAGUCUCAACGAGAACGGCACGGUCAAUGUGUUGAACGGAUGUCAGGCUGGGGAGCAGGAUGUCACGAUUCGAGCAUCGCCAGUGCAGCAGAUUCAGCCUAUGGAGAAGCCGGCGUGUUCAGAGUCCAAUUCCCUCCUGCGCCUCCACCAACCGAAUAAUCUACCUGCAUUCGAAGACGCAACUGCUGAUGCCGAGGUCGACGUCAUUGUCAUCUCGAGUAUUCCAGAGACCCACUUUGCCUUCGCCAAAGCAGCUCUGGAAGCCGGCAAGCACGUGAUCGUUGAGAAGCCAUUCGUCCCGACCUCCGCCGAAGCUUCGCAGCUGGUGGAGGUCGUGAAGCGGACAGGAAAGCAAUUGAGUGUCUUCCAGAACCGGCGAUGGGAUUCGGAUUAUUGCACGGUCGCGAAAGUGAUGAAGGAGGGCCUGCUAGGCGAUAUAGCCGAGUUUGAGACGCACUUCGACCGCCAUCGACCCGAUCCUCCGGCAGAUUCGUGGAAGCUUGAGGACAAGCCAGGUAACGGUGCGCUGUAUGAUUUGGGAAGUCACCUGAUCGAUCAGAUCUACCACUCCUUCGGGCUGCCGGAGAAAGUCACUGGAUUUGUGGGCAACCAGAGGAGAGGGGUGAAGGGUGGUGCACCGGAUUCAUGUACGGUGCUGUUGCACUAUCCUGGCAUGCUGGCUACUGCGAAAGCAGGUGUGGUAAGCUGCGAGACGAAGCAGCUGAGGUUUUGGGUGAAGGGAACGAAAGGGAGCUUCAAGAAGUUCCAUCUCGACGUACAAGAAGGUCAACUACGGGACGGGAUGAGACCUGCGGACAAGGGCUAUGGGCUGGACCCGGAGGAACACUAUGGCACAUUGACGACGCUUAUCGAUGGCAAGCCCCAGCGCGAAGUCUAUCCUACAGUCGAAGCUCCUACAUACGUGGCCUACUAUCGGCAAUUCGCAGAGGCUCUAGCCGGGAAAGCGCCUGUCCCGGUCAGUGCGGAAGAAGCGCGAGAUGUGCUGCGGAUCAUCGAGGCGGCGAUCCAGAGCUCGCACGAAGAGCGAAGUGUGCGGAUCUGA